AUGGCGCAGAAAACACAAAAUGCUAGCAGUUCUGAGGACCAAUCUGCCAGCGCCACCCCAUCCGCUCAAGACGCCUCGGAUUCCGCGCAACCUUCAACGUCGGGCGCAUCAACCUCCAAGGCAUCCUCCGCCGCCCAGAAGGCGAAUCUGACUGAGCUUGAUGCUGCUCUGCGCAACUCAUCUCAACCCAUGGCCAAGUCAUCAUCAUCUGGCUCAGACCUUGCUGCCAAGGACGCCGCCAUGGAGGCGGCCAACCCCUACGGAACGCGCUCGCGGAAUCGCACUGGAUCUUCGCGCCCCAACUACGCCGAAGACAGAGACAUCGACGUUGACAUGUACGACGACUUCCCCGAAAAGAAGGAUCAGGAGUCCAAAAAAUCGGCGCGUCACAGUAACGUGUCAGCGACUUCCGCACAGGAGCCUCCGCGUUCCAACGGCCCAUCCCGCAAAGCUCUCACAUCCGACGACACCAAGGCCGUCUCCUCACAAAAUGGUGCCAAGGAUCCGCAGCCCGCCGCCAAUCCAGCUCCGACGGCACAAACAUCCAGCUCAUCGGCGACGACGCAGCCCACCAAAAAGCGCAAGGCCACCUCUCAAGCUGCAUCACAGGCACAGGCAGCACCAUCCGCCGCUGCAUCGCGAAAAGCCGCGUCAGGUCCCUACGCCAGCUCAUAUGCAGAGACGAACAUGCUCAGUUUCGAGAGUUGUGGCGCGAACCCCAAGGAUGGAAAGUUGGUGGCGGAUGACGGGACUGUACUAGCACCAAAUGACAACGUCUACCUCGUGUGUGAGCCCCCAGGCGAGCCUUACUACCUAGGCCGCAUCAUGGAGUUUCUCCACACGCAGAAUGACAACACCAAGCCGGUGGAUGCACUUCGCAUCAAUUGGUUCUACAGACCAAAGGACAUUGGAAAAAAGGUCAACGACACUCGCUUAGUGUUUGCGACGAUGCAUUCCGACAUCAGUCCUCUGACGGCAUUGCGAGGCAAAUGUCAUAUCAAGCAUAAGGCUGAGAUUCCCAACAUGGACGAGUACCGGAAAAAGUCAGAUUGUUUCUGGUAUGAGAAGCUGUACGACCGCUACAUCCAGAAGAAUUACGACCUCAUCCCCACGUCCACCAUCGUGAACGUCCCCGAAAGGGUGAAGAAAGUGUUGGACGAGCGCUGGAAAUUCGUUAUUGUGGAGCAGGGCCGCGGAAAAGAGUUCACUAGCGCGGUGAAGUCCUGCAAGCGAUGCAGCGGCUACUGUGCAAGCAAUGACUCGGUCGACUGUGCUGUGUGUAAGAAGACAUAUCACAUGAAUUGUGUCAGGCCACCGCUGUUGAAGAAGCCCUCAAGAGGUUUCGCCUGGUCUUGUGCUGCAUGCAGCCGCGCGCAGGAGCGCAAGUUGGAGGCUCGCCACACGCCAAAUCUGCUGGAUCCCGCCGGCGACGACGACGAUGAUUUGUAUGAUGAUGAUGACGAUGAAAUGCAAAUCGACACCGAACGAACCAGUCUCGCCGACGACGACGAGCACCGCACCGGCACGGCUGAGCAGAUUUACCAAGCGAGUCUUUGGCCUUGGCGAUAUCUUGGAAUGCACUGCAAGCCUGAGGAUGCACUGGAUUACGAUGAUCGCAUUUACCCACGCGCCAGCACCCGCAUUGGCCCGAAGCAUCAAGCCAACGUUCUCCCCUGGCCUGGUCAGCCCGUGCAGUAUCAGAAGCCUCUGGAGACUAGGAGGCAGGGCAAGAAGGGACCUAAUCUCUCCAAGGAAGCUCAGGCAAAAUUGGAGGAAGAGAAGCUCAAACGCGAAAAUCGGCCGAAGUGGGUGCAGGACGAACCCCCCGGCUAUGUGGCAAGAGGAGAGGAUCUCGACAGUGAUGACCCGAAUGCGACGUCCACACGGGUUUGGAUGCCUCCUGCGGAUACGGAAGCCAACCAGGGCUGGGAAGAUAAGCUGGACAAGUACAUGGAAAAGGCUGAAGAGCAGGCACCCAAGUUCAAUCUUCCCAAGAACUCCACUAACCUGCACGAUGUGGCCCUGGAGACGUACUUCAACAGCGGCUAUAAUUCGGACCGAGCCCUCAAACUAUUUGCAGAGACCGACAAAUCAGCCUUCAAGGAGCCCGACCUGACCGCUACUGAGCAGAAGAGGUUCGAAGAGGGUGUGAGCAAGUAUGGAUCUGAGCUCUAUCUGGUUAAGCGGCACGUCAAGUCUGUUUCGCCAGGCACAAUCGUCCGUUACUACUACACGUGGAAAAAGACGCCCCAGGGCAAACAGAUUUGGGGCAAUUUCCAGAACAGGAAGAGCAAGAAGGAGGCCAAAAGGGCGGAACAGGCUGCGAGCAAAUUGCAGGACGACAUUGCCGACGACGCUGACGAUUCAGCCUUCGACGCCGAAAAGGCCCAGACCAAGAAGAAGGGCUUCUGUUGCAAAUUUUGUCACACAAAGUAUUCCCGACAGUGGAGGAGAGCUCCGAACGCUUCUGGAACGCCAGUCACUGAGACUGGAGGCAAAUCCUCAAACAAGGACAAGGGCGGCCAGUACAUCCAGGCACUUUGCCGCAGGUGCGCAGAGCUGUGGCGGCGCUAUGCCAUCCAGUGGGAGGAUGUCGAUGAGGUUGCGAAGAAGAUCGCGCAAGCUGGUGGUAAAGCCUGGAAGAAACGCCAAGAUGAGGAGUUACUCAAGGAGCUCGAGGCCGCCAAGGAAAUGCACACCUACUGGAACACGCCGCCGCCCGUCAACACCCCAGAGCCACCUGCAGCCGCCGUCGCCGCACCCUCCAGCGAGCCGCCACGCAAGAAGCUCAAGGGAGCCGCCCCCGACCGAGACUCAGAGCCAUUGGCGUCCGACUCUGCACCCAGCCACCCGAAGAAGAAGGAGAAGGCUGCCGAGAAGCCUGCGCCCCCGCCAGCUCCCGAGAUUCCCAAGGCGCGGACCAUGCCUUGCGCGAUUUGCAACCAACUAGAGCCAUUGGGAGAUCAGCAUCUGUCUUGCAAGGAAUGUCGCUUGACGGUCCAUCGCAACUGCUAUGGUGUUGUUGACAAUAGGAACCCUGGUAAAUGGGCUUGUGAUAUGUGCGUCAACGACAAGAAUCCUCAAAUCUCUAUCCAAUACAAGUGUGUUCUGUGCCCUAUUGAGCAUACAGAACAUGACUUUGUUGAGCCGCCCAAGGUCUCUACCUCAAAGAAGAAGUCAGAGAAAGAAAAGGAGCGGGAGAGGCUUGAACGUGAACAAGCACAGAAAACUGCCGACUACUACCGGAAGAAGCAGGAGGAAACGAACCGACCAGUCAACCCUCGGGAGCCCCUCAAGCGCACCGCCGACAACAACUGGGUGCAUGUCACCUGUGCUGUCUGGACACCCGAAGUCAAGUUUGGCAACGCCAAGGCUCUUAGUCCCUCUGAGGGCAUUCCUUCUAUUCCUCGCGUGAGGUAUGAUGAAGUCUGCAAGGCCUGUAGCCACAAAGGAGGUGCCUGCGUUGCCUGCCACAACUGUCGCAAUCCUGUUCAUGUUGAAUGCGCUCGCCAGCAGGGCUACCUCCUUGGAUUUGACAUUACGCCCGUUAAGGGGUCCCGCAGAGACCAAUUCAACCUGGUGACUAUUAACGGCGAAAGCGGUGUCAUGUCCGCGACAGUUUGGUGCAAGGACCAUGUUCCAACAAAGUCCAUCGUCCACCGAAUGCACGACAUUGUCAACGAGGAUGGGCUCAAUGCCCUGCAGCUCUACGUCCAAAGCUACAAGCAGGCCGAUCUCACUCUGACUGGUACUGUGCGGAAGGCCAACCUGAUGACAAAUGCUGCGAAGAUGGGCAGUGUGCCUGUCACUCCGGGUGCUCGACGAGCCUCAACCACAACUCUCCCAGUCAAUGGUAUUUCCCACCAAGCAAACAGCGAGACAGCCCACGAUCACCAGGCUGGAGAGAAGAUCUGCAUUACUUGCGGUAUUGAUGUCAGCCUCAAGUGGUGGCCUAUUGAGAAUUCUGACGAGCGAGAGCUUACCAAUGGCCACUAUGGAAGUCUCGGAUCGGAGGCUCAAAAGUUCGUGGAGCAAAGAAAGUUCCAAUGCCACAAGUGCCGUAAGGCCAAGCGGAAGCCCAAUCCCCAUCCACCGAAGGAUCCUUCUCCCGUCGUUGAAGCUGCACGAGUGGUGCCUCCGCCGCUCCCAGUGGUUCCGCCACACCAUGCUCUUGCUGCACCCCCGCCGGCUUUGAGAAGCCCUCCGACGACCGGCCCAGAGGCUAGAGCGCGCAGUCUCUCGGCAUACGCCUGGGUGGCCCCGGCACCAGCUCCGGUUGUUGCUGCCGCCGCUGCCGCCAAUGUCCCGGUACAGCCUCCGCCCCCGCCCCCGCCUCCGUCUGCACCUGUCUCCCAGCCCGCAGGACAUCCCCCGGCGGCUCCUACAGCGCCACCACCGGUCCAGGCCCCGGCACCUCCUCCUAUACCGCCACCAGCGACUCACCAGCCUUCUGGCCCGUAUGGCCAUCCACCUCCGGGGCCAAGCGACAUCCGCCUUUCCAACCUCUGUCUACUCUGCGCCCGCCUCCGAUGGCCGUACCACAGACGCACCCUCCAUUGCCGACGGGUGUUCCAAACGGGCAUAUGGGCCAGCCAGCGCCACACGGAAUGCCGCCUUCUCCUCUCAUGGCAGGCCCUAUUACUCACGGACCACCGUAUAUGCACCCUUAUCGGCAGGACGCACAUGCGCCACCACAUGGAAUUCCCAACGGCGGACCGCCCCAAAGAGGCCCCGACUCAUUUUCGCGAGGACUGUUGCCCCAACGAGCGCCGUACGCCAGUAGCCCUCCGGGACAUGACGCGGGAGGCCCUCUGA